AUGUCCCAUAAUUCUCAAGAUGGAGAACGCCUUAAUGGUCGGGAGAUCUUUACCCGAGCUCUACGAAUGAUGUCAUCUGAUGAUGAAGGAUCUGAAAGAAUCCAGAAUUUCCUUUCUUCGUUUGAGAGUGCGGGCCCAGAUUUUGGUGCCCAGAAAGGUAUAUCCGAGGAUUUUUUGGACUCUUUGGAAAGAGUUGAUGUCAAAAAUUUAGCGGAGGGGGCAGACUGUCCAAUAUGCACCAAUAAGUUUGUUGACAACGAUUACCCAUUGGUUGUUAAACUUCCGUGCCACGUACAAGGGAAGACAAAAAAGGAGCAUAUAUUCGAUUUGGACUGUAUCGCACCUUGGUUAAAAGCUAACUCUACUUGUCCGCUUUGCCGAUUCAACCUUAACGAAGUUGACAAGAUCAGAAAAGAGAGACUUGAAGAGGAAUUGAGAAAGGCUCGUAACAAUGAUAGCGAAGAAGAGGAGGACGACGAGGAGGAUUGGGAAUUGUAUGGCUGA